AUGGGGAACAUCUGCUCUCGCCGGAAUGGCGGUCCCAAUGACGAGGAGAACGCUAUGGCUCUGUCAUUCGCCAAUGCUGCAUCUACGGGUGCCAGGCAGGCUGUGAUGGAUGCCGUUCAGAAGGCCCAGCACCGAGGUAGAGAAAGCGGUGAGAUUGUCCCUGCAGAGGCUUUGAUCUCGGGUAUCCUACCCACCACUACUGCUCAAGUGGCUGCCGCUAAGGGCGCAAAAGAGGCUAUAGAGGACAGGGCAAGAGAGCUGAAUGUUCUAUCCCGUUUUGCCAGUCCUCUCAAAGAGGUGAAGUUCGCUGCAAGUUCUGGUGCCAGAGAAGGUUUGAAGGCAGCUGAAAUAUUGUUCAGGCACGACGACAUUGAAGGGCAUGCUCGAGAGAACAUGAGCUUGGAGGUUGCCGCCGCAGCAGCAGGUGCAGGGGCUUGGGUAUCUUGCUUGGUCGCUGCGCAGACACAUCUCACACCAGCACCCAAUGCUAGCAAGUAUACAGCUCUGUUAGGGUCUAUGCUUGGGGGCUCAAUGCCCACAUCUGCUGCCUUGUAUGGCCUGCUCAAUGCAUCAAGUGAUCUCGUGAAGUUAUGCAUCUUUGGUGGCAUUACAUUGGGAGUCUUUGUCAUCUCAUCGGGUUUGAUUGCUGGACUACUGGGCACAAUGAAUGGAACAGUCAGAUUCACAAAGAUUGCCACUAUUACUGCUGUUUCCAUAGUGUUGAUCUUUUUUACCGUGGUGCCAUAUUUUCCUUUGACAUCUUUACAUUCGCCAAGGCAACAAAAAUGUUUCACCAGGAUAAAUUGGCCAGCACGUGUCUUCAAUGCUGCCGGUGCCGUCCUGCAGCAGGCGCUCGAUCCAGGCGGCGCCCAGUGCGCGCUUGACACUGACCGUCCGUGGGGCCUUCAUGCUGUAACACCCUUGUUUUUGCAUCAUGUUAAAAACCACUAA